ACCACACCCACAAACUGCACCUAUAAACCACACCCACAAACUACACCUAUAAACCACACCCACAAACUGCACCUAUAAACCACACCCACAAACUACACCUAUAAACCACACCCACAAACUGUACCUAUAAACCACACCCACAAACUACACCUAUAAACCACACCCACAAACUGUACCUAUAAACCACACCCACAAACUGUACCUAUAAACCACACCCACAAACUGUACCUAUAAACCACACCCACAAACUGCACCUAUAAACUCUACCUAUAAACUACACCUUUAAGCUACACAUACAAACUCUACUUAUGAACUAUAUUUAUCAACUGCACUCAUAAACUAAUCUUAUAAACUCGGCUUAUAAACUGCUCUUAUGCACUGCAUUAUGAUUAACUGUAACUGUUUUGUUAAUUAGUAAAAGACAUUACAGUGAGUGAGUAUGAGGUCGUAAAAGCUCUGCUAUAAAUAACACAGGAUUUCAAUCUCAUUUUAUCAUUGAUAUCACAAUGUCAUAGCAAUGAAAACGGUCAGAACCUUUUAUUUUGUGUUAAUAAACACAUCACCUUGUGUGUGUGUGUGUGUGUGUGUAGUUGGUGCUCUGCAGAUUCAGUGUUAUCAGUGUGAGGAGAUUCGGCAGGAUGAUUGCUCAUCUCCAGAGUUCAUCGUUAACUGCACUGUUAAUGUGCAGGACAUGUGCCAGAAGGAAGUACUCAUCAUGGAGGACGGUGUACACUACAGGAAGUCAUGUGCGUCGUCUGGGGCGUGUCUGAUUGCAUCAUCAGGGUAUCAGCAGUUCUGUACAGGGAAGCUCAACUCCGUCUGCAUCACCUGCUGUAACACACCGCUGUGUAACGGCCCACGCCACAGACGCCGCCCACCCGGCUCACCUGCCCCACCCCUCCCCCUAUUGCCCCUCUCACUACUGCUCAGCUCCGCCCUCCUCUCACUGCCUCUCUCCCUGUCUGUCUGGCCAUCUGUCUGUCUCUCUCACUGAUGCUACAGCUCUGUACGCUCACUAUAUCACUUAUACAUAAACCAUCAAAACUGUCUCACUUUCAUUGUCUCCCUCUCUCUGUUACCCUCUCUGUUACCCUCUCUGUUACCCUCCCUGUUACCCUCCCUCUUACCCUCUCUGUUACCCUCCCUGUUACCCUCUCUGUUACCCUCCCUCUU